AAGUCACCGCGUUUGGAGGACCUACAGAAGAAUCUUUCAAGCAACCCUCAGUGGAAGAAAGAUGUAAGCCCCAACGCUGUAUCUGCAUUGGUGGCGAAAAGGAGGUUACACUUAUCAAAAUUGGAUACAAUUGAGUCGGGCCGAGUGAAUGAGUAUGAGCUGCGUAAAAUUCAGAAUGUGGAAGAAAACAAAAAAAAGUUCAAGGAACUCGGAUUAGGAAAAUAUGCUGCUAAUCCAAUUAAGCCGAUAGUCCAGCAGAGUACAAAGGAAAAGAAGGAUCGGGAAGAUCCUGAAUAUGUUGUGGAAAAUGAGACGGGAGAUGAAAGUGAUGACACUUCAGAGGGAAUCAAAUCUGUCCAGAAACGGAAAGCAAUACCUGGUCCCAGAACUCGUUCGCGAGCAAAUGAUAAGGAUUUGGGUGAUAAGGAUCCGGUGGAUCCUAUCGACAAAGGCAAAAAGGUUGCUGCUGCUAGUACCAAAAGUGCAAAACUUAUAAAGCCAACAUGCAGCAAACUGCUAAAACAAGGGGAUAAUUCUGCACCAAGUGGUACAAUUGCUGCGUAUAUGGCCCUGCGAGAACGUCAGAAGCAGAAUCUUGAAGCUGAAAUGAGGAGAGAGGAUGUUGGUGAUACAGAUUUACAAAAUGGAAGUGAAGGUGAAGAAGUAGAAGAAGAACCUAAAAGACGUCGAGGACGUUCAAAAAUGUUAAAAGUUCAUGCUAGGACUGCUGCUGAAAAGAUCUUUGUUAAACUGAGUAAACGAGGUCAACCAAUUGGAGAGCGGAAAACUAGAUCCGAGUUGAGCAAUUUCCUGGGGACUCUAGUUAAGGAUCACGUGUCACUUACUUAUGUUAAUUGGCAUGUUGUUCCAGAUGAUUUGAAGAAGAAAAUGUUGGAAUAUACUUUGGAGAGGUUUGAUAUAGCACCAGAAGGGGAAAAGUGGGUGUACAAGACACUUAAUUCAUCCUGGAGAACACACAAGUCUCGUGUCAAGCUGAUGCAUUACUCCCAAUUUGACAAUGAUGAGGAGAGGAUUCAAAACAGGCCGGAUCAUAUUCCGCUCGAGGAUUUUAAGAUGCUGUUGGACUACUGGGCGGACGAUGGAGUUCAGAUUUUGGCUGAGGAUAAUAAGGCUCGUCGCAAUAUGUAUGUUGAGACACACACUCUCGGUUGCAAGAGUCUUGCUGAGCUUAGAACAACACUGAAAGAAGAUGACCCAAAUCAGAGGUCCCCAUCAGAGGCUAAAAUAUUUGUAGAAAGUCGCAAGCGCAAGCCUGGGCACGAGUACAAGUUAAGUCCAAAAGCAAUUAAGAAAAAAAUUGAGUCUGUUGAAAAGAUAACGAAAGAAUGA